AAUCUGUCGGUAAUUUGGGUUCUGUGUAGUGUGAGGUCUUGAAAAGUUCCGACCUUCCUGCAGCUGACAGUUUAACUCUCUUUAACAAUGUGGUUUUUUGAUUUUUUGCUCGGUUUUGACCUCAGGGGGCUAUUCUUGUUUAUUUUUGUCUUUAUCCUCAUAGCAGACUUCCUCAAAAACAGGAAUCCUCCAAAUUAUCCCCCAGGACCGUUGGCUCUUCCAUUUGUAGGGAAUCUCUUCAGUGUGGACAGUAAACAGCCAAACAUUUAUUUUACCAAGUUGGCUGACGUCUAUGGCAAUGUGUUCAGCGUUCGUCUCGGCAGUGAAAAGAUGGUGUUUGUGUCUGGGUACAAGACGGUGAAGGAAGCCUUAGUGACAAAAGCCGACAACUUUGUGGAUCGACCACACAGUGCAACGGCUGACAGAGUGUACUCAGGAGACUCAGGUGGUCUGUUCAUGAGCAAUGGUGAAACAUGGAAAAGACAGAGACGCUUUGCCUUGUCUACAUUACGCACCUUCGGCCUGGGCAAAGGUACCAUGGAGCAGAGUAUCUGUGUGGAGAUCCGACACCUGCAGGAGGAGAUAGAAAAGGAGAAAGGUGAACCUUUCAACCCAGCAGGCCUCUUCAACAAUGCUGUGUCCAACAUCAUUUGCCAGCUGGUGAUGGGGAAACGGUUUGACUACAGUGAUCACAACUUCCAGACCAUGCUGAAGUAUAUAUCUGAAGUCUUUAGGCUGCAAGGCUCUGUAUGGACUAUGCUCUAUGAGACAUUUCCUGGAGUGAUGAAGCACAUGCCAGGUCCUCACAACACAAUGUUCAGCAGCUACAAUGCCAUCCUUGACUUCAUCAGUCAGGAGGUAAAGAGCCACAAGAAGGACCUGGACCACAGCGAUCCCCGGGACUACAUUGACGCUUUCAUCAUUGAAAUGGAAAAUCACAAAGAGACGGACCUGGGCUUCACUGAGGCCAAUUUGGCUGUGUGCUGUCUGGAUCUGUUCACGGCUGGAACUGAGACAACUUCCACCACUUUGCUGUGGGCUUUGAUUUAUCUCAUCAAAAACCCUGAGAUCCAGGACAAAGUCCAGGCGGAGAUAGACAGAGUGAUCGGACAGACUCGACAGCCCAGUAUGGCAGACAGACCCAACCUGCCCUACACUGACGCUGUCAUCCAUGAGAUCCAGAGGAUGGGAGACAUUGUUCCUCUUAAUGCACCCAAAAUGGCCGCCGAGGAUACGACACUGGGUGGUUACUUCAUACCCAAGGGUAUGACCUUGAUGUCCAACCUGAGCACUGUGCUGUUUGACAAGACUGAAUGGGAGACUCCAGACACCUUCAACCCCGGACACUUCCUGGAUGCUGAGGGAAAGUUUGUGAAGAGAGAAGCCUUUCUGGUUUUCUCUGCAGGGAGACGUUCGUGUCUCGGAGAAGGCCUCGCCAAGAUGGAGCUGUUCCUGUUUCUGGUUGCUUUACUACAGAAGUUCACUUUUUCCGUUCCUGAUGGAGUAGAGCUGAGCACAGAGGGGGUAACUGGAAUAACACGUGUACCGCACCCCUUCAAGGUUUACGCCAAGGCUCGCUACACCAUGCUCUGGUCAGCUCCCGCCAGAACAGUUAUUAUGGUAGAGCUGACCCUCCCAUGGGAAGAAGAGAUGGAGGCUGCAUAUGAGACAAAGGAGGAGAGAGCUCCGACCUUCCUCCUGCUGCUGGUUUUGCUCUCCAUAAGAAUGUGGCUUUAUGAUUUUUUGCUCGGUUUUGACCUCAAGGGUCUGUUCCUGUUCAUUUUUAUUUUCAUCCUCAUAGCAGACUUCCUCAAAAACAGGAAACCUUCAAAUUAUCCUCCAGGACCGUUGGCUCUUCCCCUUGUGGGGAAUUUCUUUAGUGUGGACACUAAACAUCCACACAAAUAUUUUACCAAGCUGGCUGACGUCUAUGGGAACGUGUUCAGUGUGCGCCUCGGAGGUGAGAGGAUGGUGUUUGUGUCUGGGUACAAGAUGAUGAAGGAAGCUUUAGUGACACAAGCCAAUAACUUUGUGGAUCGACCAAACAGUUCAUCGCAACACAGGUUUUACUCCAGAGACACAGGAAAUCCAGGUGGUCUGUUUGUGAGCAAUGGUGAAAAAUGGAAAAGACAGCGACGCUUCGCCUUGUCUACCUUGCGUAGCUUUGGCCUGGGCAAAAACACCAUCGAGGAGAAAAUCUGUGAGGAGAUCCGACACCUGCAGGAGGAGAUAGAGAAGGAGAGAGGUGAACCUUUCAGCCCAGACGGCCUCUUCAACAAUGCUGUGUCCAACAUCAUUUGUCAGCUGGUGAUGGCGAAACGGUUUGACUACAGUGACCACAAUUUCCAGACCAUGCGGAGGUAUCUUGCUGAGAUUCUUCAGGUGGAGGGCUCUAUAUGGGGUCUGAUGUAUGACUCAUUCCCCCGAAUUAUGAAGCACAUGCCAGGUCCUCACAACAAAAUGUUCAGUCAAUUCAACAGCAUUUUGGACUUCAUCAGUGAGGAGGUAAAGAGCCACAAGGAGAACCUGGACCACAGCAAUCCCCGGGACUACAUUGAUGCUUUCAUCAUUGAAAUGGAGAAUCACAAAGAGACUGACCUGGGCUUCACUGAGACCAAUCUGGCUCUGUGCUCUCUGGAUCUGUUCCUGGCUGGAACAGAAACAACCGCCACCACUUUGCUGUGGGCUUUGGUUUACCUCAUCAAAAACCCUGAGAUCCAGGACAAAGUCCAGGCAGAGAUAGACAGAGUGAUCGGACAGACCCGACAGCCCAGUAUGGCAGACAGACCCAACCUGCCCUACACUGACGCUGUCAUCCAUGAGAUCCAGAGGAUGGGAAACAUCGUUCCUCUCAAUGGAUUCAGAAUGGCCGCCAAUGAUACGACACUAGGUGGUUACUUCAUACCCAAGGGUACAACCUUGAUGCCCAUCCUGACCUCUGUGCUGUUUGACAAGACCGAAUGGGAGACUCCAGACACCUUCAACCCCGGACACUUCCUGGAUGCUGAGGGAAAGUUUGUGAAGAGAGAAGCUCUCCUGCCUUUCUCUGCAGGGAAGCGCGUGUGUCUCGGAGAAGGCCUCGCCAGGAUGGAACUGUUUCUGUUUUUGGUUGGAUUACUCCAGAAGUUCUCUUUCUCCGUUCCUGAUGGAGUAGAGCUGAGCACAGAGGGAGUUACUGGAACGACACGUGUACCGCUCCCCUUCAAGGUUUACGCCAAGGCUCGCUGAAUUUUUUAACAUCUCCCCGAACCAUUUUUUAUCUAUACAAUGUGAAAGAAAUCAGAUCAAGGAAAAAUGUCUUAGAGAAGAAAGCUGUAGUUACUUUUCAAUCCAAACCUUUCGUUGUCGUAUGACUGCCCCAUGUA